AUGUUGAAUCCGGCUCGUGUCUUUAAGAAACGUUUCGUCUUGAUCUUAUUCACCUUGCCCGCCAUCUAUAUUUUGUUUGCGAUUACUAGCCAACGGAACGAACAACGCUUUCGCAAAGUACGACACGAUGGACCUUCAGAUGACGUGGUUAAUUCCGCGCGACCAACAAUUGAUACAGUUCAAGAGCCGCCAUCAGUGACGCUUUUUAUGCGGACGACUGGGUUGCACAUAAAGCAAUUUUACUGUGAUUUUUUGAGGACAACCGUCUUGUUUUGGCCCGCUUCGUAUGGAAAGCUAGUCGUGGUUUUCGAUCAGGAAUCGUCUCUGGAUCACAAAAUAGGAAACAUUUUGGAGAGACAGUUUCAUCAAUUCUUCCCGUAUCGCAAACUUGAAAUACUCUACGAGCCUCUUCCGAGGAACUAUGAAACGCUGUUGAAGCUUCCUUGGCCGAAACGCGACACUGGCUACAAUCGUCAAAUCUGGAGCAGCUUUUUUAAUGAUUUAUACACGAACGACACGGUCAUUGCGUGGGUGGAUUCUGACACUGCAUUCUCCACUUCAGUGACGAUAAAUUCCAUAUACUACGGUACGCGGUUGAGAGCGAUAGGAACGGAUUGCACAUCAUCACAAUUAGACUAUCCUGGACGUUGUCUAAAAAGCGCGGAGAUCUCCAUUGGGCUACCGGCUGUAGCGGACUUCAUGCUGAAUUUUCCGAUAUACAUAUAUCGCGAUACGUAUGCCAACUGCAGGGAAUACUUAAUGCGAAGAUACAAAGCCCGCAACUUUGAGGAAGUCUACAGGAACAUUAGUGCUUACGACUUAAUUUGUCCCGUAACGACAAUACUCAACUACGCAUGGCACUUCGAGAGAGAUCGCUACGACUGGAGUUUCAAGAUUUGCUCCGCACCUCUCGAUGAAUACAACAAGCGCUUUCGACCCAACGCUACCAUCAGGCCCUACGACAUAAAACCCGUCAUGGCGGCUCCUCUGGCAAGCCUUCAUACUGGCGAUCCUAAGUCGGCGCUUCAUUCGGCCCAGGUAAUUCUAGCGAGUUAUUGUUUGUCGCACAAAGCUGCGGGACACUAUCUAAAAUUCUGUACCGGCAAACGCGACUUCGCAUUGAGCAAUAACCUUAUACUUUUUAUGUACACAUAUGCGCCUUUGCCGUGCCAUGGCGAUAUGACGUACACUUGCCUCGACGUUUUGCGCCGUCACUACAAUCUAGUAGGCUCGGAGAUUUUUCAAGACAAACGCAGGAUGGAAUGGAGCGAUGUGGAAACUAUUGAAAAACUUGUAAAGGAAGUAAAUGCCACGUGCCCUGUUAUACGUAAUGGGAGCCCAGAUGGAAGUAUCCCUUUUACUUAAAAUAUGAGAAGUUGAUCUUUAUGGGCAUUAACGUUCACCUUCAUUUGGUAUGUCUUGGAAGUGGAAUAUAUUUUUAAUGUGGUUAUAUUCAUUUAAAGUGUAUAUGAAAUGAAAUUUAUUAUUUUCUUAAAUGAAAGAACUCUUUAAGCUGUAGUGUAACUUAUUUUUCAGUUUCUUGUUUUUAUGGUUUGUUCCCGAGAUAGUUCAAUUUGUUUGAUAUGUAAAUGAGUGUGAAUAUAAUAGUUUUGUUUGUGGAAACACCACGUAAAUUUAUUACUGCCCGGAUCUUCAUCAGUGCUAAUAAUAUGAAUAGUAAUAGUGUGAAUAUGUCCGCUAAUUUAUGACGUCAUGUUGGUUGCAAGCUCUUCAAAAUGGUUGAAUAUCACUGCUAUCGUCCAAGAUAAUAAUUUCAAACUUCACUCACUGGUAAAUGUGAUGAAACACUGGAGAAAAACUUGAACUGAUAUCAACAGUUUUUAGAGUUAAUACAUCUAUAACCAGUGUAAGUUGAGCUUGCAACCAAAGUGACGUCAUAAAUUAGCGGACAUAUUCACACUCAUUUACAUAUCAAACAAAUUGAAAUAUCUCGGGAACAAACCGUAAAAACAAGAAACUGAAAAAUAAGUUACACUACAGCUUAAAGAGUUUUUCAUUUAAGAAAAUAAGAAAUUUCAUGUCAUAUACACUUUAAGCAAGGUUAACGGCAGAUGUAUUAUGCAGGCCACAUCCGCUGAGGGGAGUCAGUGACGUCAUAUCGAUCAAAUGGGGCUGUUUCGCGCCUUGUGAUCAGUAGUGCUUCGGUCUGGGUAUUCAUUCUGCCAUUGUAUGCUUUGCCUAUUUCAGAAUCAUCCUCAGAGAUAAGAAAACCAGUUUCAUAUUAUUCUGACACUGCAAUCGAGCAACGAAAAAUUCGCUGGCUCGAGCGGGAUUUGAACUAGCAUCUUCGGGUAUCUAGACCGCCGCUCUACCCAUUGAGCUAUCGAGUCAACGGGAUUGGUAGGUAGAUAGAUAGAUAGAUAGAUAGAUAGAUAGAUAGAUAGAUAGAUAGAUAGAUAGAUAGAUAGAUAGAUAGAUAGAUUGAUUGAAUUUUUUAUUUAACCACGGUGGUUUUAUCAAUUGUAGAUAUGACAUAUUUACAUGUGUUCUUCCUAAAAACCGUGUAUCUUAAUAUUUCAAUAUAAAACUAUAUACGGAAAACAUAUUCUAGUUGGCACAAAAUAUAGUCGAGUCUAACAUUUUUACAAAUAUUUUAAGUGAUGGUGCGUCUUUUAUCUCAUCCGGAAGAGAAUUCCAUAAUUUAGCACCAGUGAAGGCAAAACUUGAAUUGUAAUACAGUGUUCGAUUUUUUGGAAGUUCGAAGGUUAUUUUAGACCUUCUGAGAUUAUAUAUAUCCAAAGCAUGACAAUGUUUAAAUAUGUCUAUUAGAUAAGAUGGUGCAUUGCCAUUUACUAUUCUAUACAUCAUCAUAGCCUUUUGUUUAUACCUCAUUUCCUGAAUAUUCAUCCAGAUAUAUAGAGAUAGAUAGAUAGAUAGAUAGAUAGAUAGAUAGAUAGAGAAUAGGGCUGCAAGAAUUAUUACUGAAUCUGAUUAUAACAUCCGGUCAUCAGAUAUUUUAACAUCAUUGAAUUGGACCAACUUUGAAACCAGACGUACCCAACAGUUCAAAACUUUUAUGUACAAAACUGUUAAUAAUAUGGUUCCUAGUUACUUGACUGGAAAAUUUACUUCCACGUCAAUGAUACACGAACAUAGUUUGCGUGGAUCUAAUCAUAAACUUUUUGUACCAAGACCCUUAACGGAAUCCUUGAAGAAAAGUUUUUCCUAUAGAGGAGCUACCCUAUGGAAUGACAUACCCGUCGAACUCACUAGAGUUCAAUCUCUCGCUGAGUUUAAAUCUAAAAUAUCUUAAUAUUUCUUUUAUAUUAGUUUCUUUGCAUGUGUAGUUUGUUACUUUUGUAAAUAGUUUGAUAUCUUUUUAUUAGUAAUUAGUCUACUAGUAUAGGUACACGUCUCCAUUGAAGAGCACAUAACAUAACCUGUGAAAUGGACCUCGUGUUUUAAAUAAAGAUGUCAAUCAAUCAAUCAAAUCGUUAAUUAAGAAUUAUAACCUUGAUUUUACAGCAAAGAACUGAAUUUAAAAAGUUUUACAUAUACAAUUAAUAAAUUUUAAGAUAAAAUGCGAGAACUACUGUGGUCAUUAUACCGUCCAGCGGCUGCAAUUAUAAAGGAGUUUUUGAAACGGUCCGUUUUACAUAUAGGUAUAGUG